GAAACGGCAGGUUCCGGUCGCGCCCGGGCCGAACCGCGGGGUGUGAGCCGCGCGGGCCGCCGUAGUCAGCUGCCGCGAGCAGGAAGUGUCCGAAGGCGGGCGGAGACAGCGCGAUGGCCCCGGACCCCUGGUUCUCCACGUACGAUGCCACCUGCCAAAUCGCGCAAGACAUCGCCGAGAAAAUCCAACAGCAAAAUCAGCAUGGAAGAAGUGGUGAAAAUACAAUCAGGCUGACCGUGACAAUCAGAGCUUUGUUGCAGAGUCUGAAGGAAAAGAUCGCCCUUUUGAAGGACUUAUUGCUAAGAGCUGUGUCAACACAUCAGAUAACACAGCUUGAAGGAGACCGGAGACAGAACCUUCUGGAUGAACUCGUAACCCGGGAGAGGCUACUUCUGGCAUCCUUUAAGAACGAGGGGGCAGAGCCCGAUCUCAUCAGGUCCAGCCUGAUGACUGGAGGGGCUAAGCGAGGAGUACCCAACCCUUGGCUCUUCGAGGAGCCAGAGGAGACCAGAGGCCUGGGUUUUGAUGAAAUCCGGCAACAGCAGCAGAAAAUUAUCCAAGAACAGGAUGCAGGCCUCGAUGCCUUGUCCUCUAUCAUAAGUCGCCAGAAACAGAUGGGAAAGGAGAUUGGGAAUGAACUAGACGAACAAAAUGAGAUAAUUGAUGACCUCGCCAACCUGGUGGAGAACACAGACGGGAAACUCCGCACGGAGACCAGGCGUAUGAACAUAGUGGACAGAAAGUCAACAUCUUGCGUUAUUUCCUUUCUAUCUCUUUGUGAAAGGAAGAACUGUGAGAAGUUAUCUGUGAAAAAAGCGACAAACAGAAAGGACCGUUGGCCACCCUCUGCACUCUUAGAGAUUGGAAGGUAAAGCUGAAGAGACCUUCCAGAAGUUAGAACCAAAGACAAGGGAGGAUAUAUUAAUUAGAGGCUUAGUCAAGAUCCAAAUGAUAGGAAUGUCACAAUGAGAAAAUAGAAGCAAGGAAAUUUUCAAAGAGAAGAAUGCAAGAAAUUUCCCCAAAACUGAGGAACAGGAGUGACCAUAUUGAAAGAAUUCACUAGGUUCCCAGCUUAAUAAAUGGAAAAAAGACCCAU